AUGUGCCCGGCCCAGCCUGCUGCGGCGGUGCCUCCUUCCUUCCUUCCUCCCUCGCUCUUUCUCUCGCCCGCCCGCGCCUUCCCUGUCUGCCUGCGUCACUGCGGCCGCCAUGGCAAAGUCACUGUGAAGACCCCCAAAGAGAAAGAGGAGUUCGCAGUGCCCGAGAACAGCUCAGUCCAGCAGUUUAAGGAAGCGAUUUCAAAACGCUUCAAAUCCCAAACGGAUCAGCUAGUGCUGAUUUUUGCCGGAAAAAUCUUAAAAGAUCAAGAUACCUUGAUUCAGCAUGGCAUCCAUGAUGCUGUUCAUCUUGUCAUCAAAAGCCAGAACCGACCUCAGGGCCAGUCCACCCAGCCUAGUAAUGCCGUGGGAACUAAUACUACCACCGCGUCAACUCCCAGGAGUAACUCCACACUUAUUUCCACAAAUAGCAACCCGUUUGGGUUGGGGAGCCUGGGAGGACUUGCAGGCCUUAGCAGCCUGGGCUUGAGCUCGACCAACUUCUCUGAGCUCCAGAACCAGAUGCAGCAGCAGCUCCUGUCCAGCCCUGAGAUGAUGAUCCAAAUCAUGGAAAAUCCCUUUGUUCAGAGCAUGCUUUCGAAUCCUGAUCUGAUGAGGCAGCUCAUUAUGGCCAAUCCACAGAUGCAACAAUUGAUUCAGAGAAACCCAGAAAUCAGUCACCUGCUCAACAACCCAGAUAUAAUGAGGCAGACCCUCGAAAUCGCCAGGAAUCCAGCUAUGAUGCAAGAAAUGAUGAGAAAUCAAGACCUGGCUCUCAGCAAUCUUGAAAGCAUCCCAGGUGGCUACAAUGCUUUACGGCGCAUGUACACUGACAUUCAAGAACCCAUGCUGAAUGCCGCACAAGAGCAGUUUGGGGGUAAUCCGUUUGCCUCGGUGGGGAGCAGUUCCUCCUCUGGGGAAGGUACGCAGCCUUCCCGCACAGAAAAUCGCGAUCCACUACCCAAUCCGUGGGCGCCACCACCGGCUACCCAGAGUUCUACGACCACCAGCACAACAACGAGCAGUGGCAGUGGAUCUGGCACUAGCUCUAGCAGUGCUACGGGGAACACAGUGGCUGCAGCUAAUUAUGUCGCCAGCAUCUUCAGCACCCCGGGAAUGCAGAGCUUGCUGCAACAGAUAACUGAAAACCCCCAGCUGAUCCAGAACAUGCUGUCUGCACCCUAUAUGAGAAGCAUGAUGCAGUCGUUGACCCAGCAUCCAGAUUUGGCUGCCCAGAUGAUGCUGAACAGCCCUGUGUUUACUGCAAAUCCUCAGCUGCAGGAGCAGAUGCGUCCACAGCUCCCUGCUUUCCUGCAGCAGAUGCAAAAUCCAGACACACUCAGCAUGUCAAACCCAAGAGCAAUGCAGGCUUAA